AUGUACCAUUACAAACGAAUCCCUGACGAUCAAGUUCGUCUUCUACUCGUCAAGCCAGGCACCUUCGACGAGCAAAUCAACGCGUCAUUGCUGGUCGUUAGCGAUGAUCACCUCGGAAGCGAAGAUUACCCGUACUCGGCCCUAUCCUACAACUGGGGCAAUAGCGCAGACGACAGUACUAUUGUCAUCCAGGAUGAUCCAGCCUCGUCUCCCGUGAAGUCCAUCAGGAAAGCAGUGGAUGUACUCCGAGCGGCCGUGCAAGACAAGUUGAUCAAGGUCAAACCAAACCUCUACGAAGCUCUCAGACAUCUGCGAAAAGAGAACGAGACUAUCGCGCUUUGGGUGGACGCAUUGUGCAUCAAUCAAUCUGACACCAAAGAAAAGGAAGAGCAAGUACUAAAGAUGGCGCACAUCUACCGUAAAGCCUACAAUGUGAAUGUAUGGCUUGGCUCCGACAAUCCUGAUGAUCUUGUCUCCAACAGGGCUAUGGCUUUUAUCCCCAAGGUCAUCGAUCCGGAGAAUCACUUAGCUCUUCUCACUGGCGAUGCUUAUAUUGAAGAUUGGGCAAGCUUGUACGAGCUUCUCAAGUGGAGCUGGUUCUCAAGGCGCUGGGUCAUACAAGAGCUGGCAUUUGCACAAUCCGCUUCAGUUCACUGUGGCAAGCAUGUGCAGGACUGGAGCGACUUCCAAACUGCCAUCGCUAUCUUCCACCGACACUUCGAUGGUCUGAAAGCCCGGCUUAUGGUGUAUUACGAGUCCUCUCUGGCUAAGCGCAGUCACUUGAACGAUGACUCAACCCUAGAGAUUGAGCACCUCGGUGCCAAGCUGUUGGUGGAUAUGACAUCCACAUUGUUUCGCAAGCGACCCGACGGCACCCUGGAAUCUACCAAAGGAUUGGAGAGCUUGGUAUGCUCCUUGUCCGGCUUCGAUACUUCCGAUCCACGCGAUACAAUCAAUGCCUUUCGAAGUAUAUCCAAAGAGGUGACUAGAUAUAACCCGCGUGCCGCAGGACAGCAUAGGCCACCGCCUGUUCCAAACUACAGUAACGAUCUCUUUGAGAUAUAUCGCGACUUUGUUAAAUGGGUUGUCGAGACCUCGGGGUCCAUCGACAUAAUCUGUCGCCACUGGGCAUUAAAAGAACGCCAUGAACUAACUCCAACAACCCCUCGACUGGUUCAACUACCUUCCUGGAUCCUUUUCGUGGAAGACUCUGCCUGGGGAAAGGGCGAAGAUCUGUUUCGCGGUCGAAAGGCUGGCGACAGCUUUGUCGGGUUACCUGGUAGUAACAACUACAACGCUUGCGGUAGGCAAGGCAAGCAAGCCCGUGUCAAGUUCCCCCGGAGUCCUGUCCAUCGUGCCUCGGCCCCACCUUCCCAAGUCAUACACGAUAUGUCGAUGUCCGUGAGAGGUGUCAUGAUAGGAACAGUCUCUUUCCGCACAGACCCGUUUCCCGAUGGUGUUAUCACCAAAGAUUGUUUGGAAGGACUGGGAUGGGUCUUCGACAAGGACGCCAUAGAAAUCACCGAGGUUCCAGCCAAGCUAUGGCAAACUCUGGUGGCAGACCGCGAUCCGCAGGGCAACCCACCUCCUCAUUGGUACAAGAAAGCAUGUCAACAUUGCCUUACCUAUCAGACGAAUAAUGGACACAUCAACAUCAACACCGUUCUACGACGGAACCUUCGAGGCGGCCCCAAUGACAUCGUGUAUGACUACCUUUGUCGCGUCCGUGCUGUCACCUGGAACCGAUCCUUCCUCAGAGGCAACCCCAUUUGUAGUGCCACCACCAAUACUUGCGACUUCGAGCAUGACGAACUCGUUGGCUUUGGGCCACCUAGGACUGAAAAGGGAGAUGUGAUUGCUAUUCUGUAUGGCUGCAGCGUCCCCGUCAUCCUCCGACCAACUCAAAAUGGCUCUGGUGAACAUCUUGGGUACCUAUUCGUCGGCGAAGCUUACAUCUACGGUAAAAUGGACGACGAAGCUUUUGGUGUCCACUGCGAAGAAAAGAACUUCAAGCUGCUCUGA